AUGAUUUGCAAAUACAGAGCUGGAGCUCAGAUUAAAAAUGAUGCCUCAACUUUAUAUGAAUAUCUUUCAAAAGCGCAACAAGAAAAUCCUGAUCGGUACUUUAAGAUAGACUUUGAAGGCAUUGAUAAUAGGCUUUCCAGGAUUUUUUGGAUGUCCCCUGACCAGAGACACUUACGGGCUCAGUUUUAUGAUGUCAUUAUUAAUGACAACACAUGCAAAACGAACAAAUAUAUGAUGCCUUUAAGCAUUUUUAUUGUAAUUGAUUCAAAUAACAGAAGUCGUAUUGCAGCCACAGCUGUAGUUUCUGAUGAGACAGUGUCGACUUACAAAUGGAUCUUAAAACAAACUAAAUUAGCCACUAAUGGUCUUCAACCAACAAUAAUUUUUACAGAUGCUGAUCCAGCGAUGCAAGUAGCUAUAACAAAUGAGUAUCCUGAAGCUAUUGUUAGGCAUUUAUCUGAUUUUGAUCGUCGUUGGAUGGAGUUAAUGAAUAAUUAUUCAGAGGUUCAAAGUUAUUGUGAUUGUGUUUUAUAUUCAACUAAAGAAUAUUGGGCACAUGCAUUUACGAAGCACAAAUUUUCAGCAAAUACACAUUCGACACAAUGUGUCGAAUGUAUAAAUCGUAUUAUAAAGUUAGAAGCAAACUCAGGAAGUUCUUUAUGCCAACUUCAGGCUGGAAUUGACUUGCGACUUAAGGAUGAGAUCAAGUAUGCAAAGUUACAAGAAUUUAGGAAUAUGAAUUCUACUACUGGACUUCCGCACGUUUCCAAUACAAUUUUUAAGGAAAUUAAUGAUAUGUUUUUACUACAUAAUAAUGAGCUUAAUGUUAGUGCUAGUCAGCAAUUGGAUCAUAAAUAUUCUGAAGAAGGUAUUGCUUUAUUUGAUAAAGAUCAGGAAUUAACUAUCCAGCUAGUACAAAGUAAAAGUAAAUCACUUCCAACUGUAAUAUUUGAGACAUUAAAAAAAAUUCGUGGUCAAGAAGUUAAUAGUAAAAUUGCUGUGGAAUCAGAUUCAAAAAAAGUUUCUUAUGGUCGUAGACUCAGAAUUUGUAAAAAAGCAUUAAAUAUUGUGAUUAUGAAUGGUACCAAUAAGGUUUUAGAGGACCUACUGCAACAUUUUAUUAAUGAACAGGUUUCAGCACAAAGUAGUAGUACUGCUUCAAACUUAUCUGAACAAGGCAUAGGUCAAGAAAUUAAUAGUCUUAUAAUUUCAAACCCUUCUCAACAUAAAGGCAAGAGGCACCCCACAAAUAAGAGAUAUUUGUCUACUAUUGAGAAUCAGAAUAACAAACUUGUUCGCUCAAAUAAUUAA